AUGAUGGGAAGUGGGAGACAAAGCCCUGACAUGUCGGGUGAUCGGGAUUUUGAGUCGGGCGAGCCGCCAAGUAAGCGGCCGAGGGUGCUUUCGAAGGCCUGCGAAAUCUGCAAGAUGAAAAAAUCACGAUGUGAUAGCGGUCGUCCACAAUGCGACACAUGUCGCCGGAAAGGUCUAAACUGCGUGUACCGUGAAAAGGGGCAGCCAGGAUUGCGUCCCGGGUACGGCAAGGCGAUUGAACAGCGGCUCACACUGUUAGAAAAUAACAUGGACAAGAUCAAUCAGUCUAUCCAGGACGUGUUGAAUUAUGUGCGAACCGAGUCUGUUACUAAAGCUUCUGCACCAAUGGCCGAUGAUAAUCUUGGAGGUUCUUCUCUUGAUCUUGAGACCAUCGACAAGGCCAGUCAUUCCGCUGGGGACGUCCCAAGUCCCAUCCACAGGGAUAUGGUAGCGACCACUCCCCUCCCGCCAGUGAAUAACAUCAUCUCGGCCGAUACGACUGUUGAGGGGCCCCAGAUAUGGUCUGUUUCUCAGCAACUGCCAGAAGUGAGGUCGCUCACAUCAACUCCGGCAGAUACUAUGACCAAUCAAUUGCGUCCUUCUCAAACUCUAGCUUCUGUUGGCAGCGGACUACCUUCUCAGGAGAUCAUGGACGAGCUUGUGGAGUUAUUCUUUGACCUCGUUUACCCGUGGGCUCCAUUAUUCUUCAAACCCAGUUUUACAGCCAAUAUGUACGCAUCGGAGCGACAAAUUCUCUUACACGGCAUUGUCAUAGUUGUUUUUCGCUUCUGGAGAAAGCCGGAUCCGCCAUUGGAGGCCCGAGAGGCAUAUGUCAAGGCGUCCCGUGAUUUCAUUCUAUUGAAGACUAUUGAUACAUGCACCCUAAUCUCAACUCAAGCUUUAACCCUUCUUGCCAUUGAUACAAUGGGUCAGGGACAGGGACCACGUACUUGGAACGUAAUGUCCAUGCUCGUCACUGCCGCCAAACAUCUGGGCUUGUCAAAGAACCCUUCUUCCUCAACCGUCGAAACAAAUACCCCGCUAGUCCGAAACGAAGAUCCGGAUGAUGGGCUAGACUCAUCAAUUAUUGAGAUGGAGGAGAGACGACGUCUAUUCUGGGUCAUAUACAGCAUCGAUCGCCUCUCCAGCGUAUCCCACGGCCAGCCUGGUGGCACAGACACGAGAAAUAUCCGGUUACCUUAUCCGGUAAAUGACGAGGACUGGGGCCAGUCGGUACCACCUGAAUGGUUUCAGGCAACAGGAGCGAUUAAGCAAUCACAGGGUUAUAAUGCCUUCAAUCUUUGGCGCCACUACAUCGAUCUGUUAGCCUUGUUAGACCGGUCUAACCAACUCUUGAUUCAACCCGUCAACUACUCUCUGCCAGCUCAUUGUCAGGAGUGGCAGAGUAGUUUUCGGCGGUUGGAUAUCAAUCUAGCCACCUGGUUCGAGAAUCUCCCAACAGAAGUCCGAGAGCCGCCUCCUGACUUCAAUCCCAUGUGGACACUGGUUCACGCUACGUUUCAUCUUAUAAAUAUUCGCAUGUAUACGGUUGCGGCGUUUCCAUCGACAUCCUCUCCCUAUUUGAGGCCAUCGCCAUCGGCCCGCGCUCGCUGCCGCCAGGCUGUCAGAGAUAUCGCAUCACUAGCAUCUUCUGUUCCGCCUCAGAAAUUGGAACAACUAGGUCCUUUGUUUGCUUUCGUAGUUUGGGUCGCUGCUAGGAGCCUAAUUAUACUAUGGACAACGGGACACGAGAACACAUACGGUUCUAUGCCCACCGAUUUAGAACCAUUGCUCAGUAGCUUGCGACAAUUGUCGAUUCCCUGGCCGUGUUCUCAACGGUAUAUCAAUCUUAUUCAGCUGAUUUUGGAUACCAAGAACAAUCCGGGUGGGCCUACGGGCUUGGAAAUCUUCAACGAUACCAGGCGGACAGCUUACGGGCUCCAGAACCGUCUCAGUACUUUAGCCGACCCCCAAGUUCCGGAAUUUGACUUCCUAGAUAUGCCUAUCUUAGACAUGAGUGAAAUGUCUGCACCUUGGAGUAGUACAUUUGUUGCAGAUGUCGAUGGAGAAUGGCUGUGA